GUAAACAUUGUCGUUCUGCAAAGCUAUUUACAACUGCACAAUAAAUAUAGUUCAAAAAUAAAUAGACAAUAAUAAUGAAUAAAUAAAUAAAAUAGCAACACAUAGAAGUUCACCAUUUUCUGACAUCUUUCUACUCGGACCUAUUUAUGUAAAAAAUUUUUCAUGGAUUGCAACUUAACAGUGAGCACAACAUUGGCAAUGAGAGGGAAAACGCUGAGGAGCAACAGGAAUGGUAUCCGACUGAGGCCUCUCAGUAUGCAAAUCAAAACUGCACGUCGCCAUUCAAAGACAUUUAUUGAAGAUUGUCAGAAAUCUAAAUCCGGCAGUCAGUCAUUACAGAACCUCAAAUCCUUAAAGCCUGCAAAAUCUAUGAGUUCGUCAUCAUCGCCGGACUCGGAAAAUAUAAUAGAUUUACAUGGAAAAAACUUGCAGAAAAUUGAGAAAAUCACCACGGAGCAGCGCCCCAGCGUACUAGAUCUAUCGUGUAACAACAUAGAGAAAAUCGAAAACUUGAAAAAUCUGGAAAGCAUCAAAGAGCUGAAACUUUAUGGAAACAAAAUAUUAGUUGUGGAAAAUUUGGACAAGUUACGUGAGUUACAGUACCUAAAGCUACAGCAUAACCAACUCAAGUCAUUUGGAUCAGGAUUAAAUUGCCCGAGUCUUCACACUCUACGAGUUGAUUAUAACAAUUUGACUGAAAUUAAAAGUUCUCAGUUGGCUGGCUGUCCAAAUUUACGCUCCUUAAACGUUUCCAGCAAUAAUUUGAAAAUUUUGUCGUUUGUAAAGGUUUUACCGGAUUUAGAAGAACUUGCAGCUUCCGGCAAUCAGCUAUCAAAUCUUUCUGAUAUUUCAACUUGUCUAUGUUUGCGAGAACUUGAUAUUAGUGACAAUCGACUGAGUGAUAUAUCUGGCAUAAGCGACUUGGCAUCUUUACAGACUUUAAAUUUAUCUGGGAAUAGUUUGAAAGACAUCAAGAAUGCAGGAAAACAUCCAAAGUUAACAGAUUUACAGAUACAAGGAAAUAAAUUAACUGAAACAGAAGACAUAUGUGUGCAGUUUCCUAAUUUAGAAGUCCUGAAUAUAUCAUUUAAUCUGCUUGAUUCGUGGACAGAAGUGAUUAAUCUUCAAAGUCUUGCAUCUCUGACGGAACUGACAGUGAAAUGUAAUUCCUUUGUGCACCAGUAUAAAUUUUAUCACGCCGAUGUGGUGAAAGAAAUUCCUUCAUUGCAGUGGUUGGACGGGAUUAAUGUGAAAGAAAAUAAGAAAACGUUAAAUAAUUCAAAUAUCCGACAGGCGUCUGCAUAUGCUGGAGCUGUUGGAAAUGAUUUAAAUAAGGAGUUGGAAUCACUCGAUUUAAGUCCAGAAAUUAUAAACGAUAUUACUGAGAGGUUUGUGAAACUACGGUCUAGCAUCUCCAAAUUAUAAGAGAAACUUGACGUAAUGAAGUGACAAGAGGAACUCCAAGAAGCAAACGAGCAAACAUUUAUAAUUCAUUGAAUAAUCUAAUUUAAACCUUUUUGAAAAAAUAUGUAGAAAUAGAGUCGCACACACCUAUACACACAUAUGUAUGUGUAUGUGAUCAAAAUUCAAAUACGAUCUCAUUAAUAGAAUUAUCAUGUUUCCCAUUUUAUUGUAAAAAAACAAUCUGGGUGUGUUUUUAUACCUAACACAUAGAAACUAUCAUUUCUUAUUAAAAGCUUGUGUCAAGUGCAUAUAUUUAUGUACUAAAAUUCAUAAACUUUUUUAUUUAC